AUGGAACAAGCUCCCACUACACACGAGAACCAACCGUACGACCUAUCCCUCCUUGGCAACUUGGAUGCCGCGACUCAGCUGUUAGGAGAUCAGUGGUAUCUUGUCCCCAAUGACGGGAAUUACCAUCUGCUCACCAGGACCGAAGAGUACAUACCCAGACUUCUCGGGGACCCGGCUCUGGUUCAAUGGCCUGAGCCUCUCCUCUCACCAGAGCUUACAACACCCCAACAAGAUUCAUCUUCGGCAAUCAUCACGAGCCCAGCUAGCAAUGCCGAAUGUCGUCCAGACUCUCUGGUGCAUCAACACGCUUCACAACGCACAGCCGUUUCUACUUCCUCCAGCGAUGUCGACCACCAUAUUUCUGCAUCGACGCAGCCCGAAUCAAAGAAACGUAGUGUCAGCUUCAGCGUCGACAGCACGAUGACCCUGUCACAGGGAGAUACUACCACGAGCCCCAACACAGAAAUCUCCGUCCAGGAGGCAGGCCCGAGCACGAAGAGGCGUGCUACUACCAGUACUGUCCCAACCAGAGAUAUCGAGUAUAUCAAGAAGGUCAGGGAGAGGAACAAGCGCGCUGCGACCAAAGUCCGCCUGAAGCAACGGGAAACCGAGAAGAACCUCGCGUCCGCCGAAAAGGAACUGCAGCAGGCGAACCAGAGGUUGACAGAAUGUGUGAAGGAGCUAACUAACCAAGUGCAUGACCUCAAGAUGCAGCUCCUUCAGCAUGGCACUUGCGACUGCGCCCUUAUUCAGGAGUACAUUGGCAACGAGGCGAACCGCUAUGUGCAAGAAACGAGUGGCUAG